AUGUUGUUCUGCUCUGAUGAUGUGCGUCACAUGAGGGACGAAAAUUCAGCAAGGAUUCAUCGGGGUCGCAGGGAGCAAUUCUUUCACUUCCCUGAUGAUGUAAUCAUUAGCCGACUGUUUGCAUUGGAUACUGGUGAAGAUCAUGCCUUGCUGUCUACUGCCGUUUCGAACUUCUCCGCUAACUAUAGUGGUGCAAAUAGAAAAGGAUCCUCCAUAACUCAACCGCCUGCCGAUUGGCACCAAUCGCUCGCCCUGGCAACUCAGACAGCUUGUUUGCAUGAAUUGUUUAUCCGACAUGGCCUCGAUUUCACCUUACGCCGCGAAGACUCAGCUGUCUUGACGGUGCACGAAAAACUUCAGCAUACCUCGACCAAGGCGGGAAUCAAUCAAAUAUGGUAA